AUGAGCAGAGAUUCUCAAGACGAGUCAUUACCCAGUUAUGAUGAUGUCUUAAAACAAGAUAGUUUAAAGUCCAAUAGUCCAGUUUCACAAGAAAGACCUCCAAAACCUCCAGCUAGGCCGAAGAAUAAACCUUCAAAAAGCUCAAGUUCAACUAGCAGACCCCCAGCAUCCUCGUAUCCUAGACCUUUGACUUCAACGAAACCAACAUCUGCACCUUUAAAUAAUAGUGGAAGGCCACCAGCUAAUGGGUUACCUUGGGUUUAUCCUAGUAAUUACUACUGUCAGAAGUGUGGUAAUACAGGUUACAAGUUUAAGAAUGGGAGGUCUUGUAAGACAUGUUGGAGAAGGUUUGCCCCUUCAAAUAACGUAAAUCCGACAUAUACAAAUGCAUCUUCCAAAUAUGGGAAUUCUUCAUUUUAUCGUCCAGCUUAUCAAACAACACAGGUUAGUGGCUAUCAACCAGCUUUAGCAGGACAAGCACGUCCCUUAAUGGUAAGGCCUGGUGACCCAAGAUUAGGUGGUGUUGUUUGUGGUGAAUGCAGAGGUUCGGGACGUAUAAGGUUCUUCUUAGAUGAAGAUCUAUGCCCAUUAUGUGGGGGGAUUGGAAGAAUUGUACCAAAUAAUGGUGCUAGAGUUACUUAUUAA